AUGGUAUCAGACGAGAUCUUCCGCAUUACAUACGCGAUGCGCCAGAAAAUACAUCAAAACAACGACCGUGAAAAAGCCGAUCUGGGCAUCACCGCUAGCACCUUCGAGUCCCUGGGCUUCAAGCCGGACGCAGUCUUCCUCCAAAUGAUCACGGACUGCAACCAACGAACCUCGCCCGAAAGGACUUUUCCGCCCCAGACGAAGUCCCAGAAAACACAAUGGUUACGGGGACUUUAUACCCUUAUAAUUUAUGAGGAAGAAACGCCUGGGAGUACAAGGUCAGUGGAGUUGGAGCGGGAUGUCACGUACUCUCUGUUCUGCAUGACUGGAGGAUGGUGA